UGAGGAUUCCUUCCUUCCUGCCCUGAGAGAGAAGGCGGAAAGAGAGAGAGAGACAGAGAGAGACUGACAGACAGGCCGAGCUGCUUCGGUUCUCCUGUCGUUUCUUUAUUAUUAAAGGAGGAUCGGGGACAGCCAGGCCCAGGCCCAGGCCCUGGCUCUAGGCCGGCUGUGGUGGCUGUCCUGUCCCUGUCCCUGUCCCUGUCCCUGCCCCCGGCUGUGGGCGCCCGCGGCCUGUGGGCGCUGAUGUGACCGUUACUGAGUUUCCUGCCAGCAGAUGGGUUGAAAGCUGCGAGCCCGGGCCGCUCAGCUUCCUUAAACCCCUCUCUCUGUUCGUUUGUUUGUGUGUUUUUGUGGUUUUAACUUUCUUAUUUCCCCCCCCCCCCCCCCCCCCCGCAAAAAAAAUUUCCCCAUCCAGUCAGAGAGAUCACUGGGACCUUCACUCUCCAGAAUUCCACAGAUUUACACCAGAUUGGAAUUUGACCUGAAGACUCAUUUGCUGCAGCAUCACCUUGCAGACCUUGGAUGUAGCAUUGCUCACGCAAUCCUGCAGCUGCCCAAAAUGGAUAGACGUAGGGGGUCAACACAACCUGCUGGCCAGGAUGGAUCAGGGACAUUUAAGUCUGGGGGAAGAUUUAAAAUUCCAAAGAAGAAAAAGGUAUCGGAGAUUGACAGUGUAGAGACACAUUCUCCUCUAUCUCGUCUUACUGAUUCCAGAAUUGAAAAUUUAAAAACAUCACAUAAGCGUUUGCCAUUCUCUUAUAAUACUUUCAAUAAAACAAGAAAUCAAGACUCAAUUGCUUAUAAUCAAAGGAGGAACUGCCGUUCAAAGCACAACUUUCCAGGAGAUGAAGUACAACUGAAGGAAGCCAGAAUUGUACUCAGAGAUGUGCUGAUGACAGAUUCAGGAAGACAACAUUUGCUGCACCUUAAAAAGCCAGACUGUAGCAAUGUCGAAAAUACUGACACUUCACAUGCAAAACAUCACACAUCAGCAACCAGUGAACUAAAAGAUUAUUGUCACGUGGAAACCAAAACAUCUCACCAAGAUAGUCAGUCCAACAUUUUAUCCAGCAGGGGAGUGCAGUCUGAGAAGAGAUCAGAAUGUUGUAUUCAGAAACAGAGUGAAAAUUUAACCAGACCGAAGGAAAAUAGCACAUCACCUGGAAGAAAUUCUAAGAAAGAGGCUAAAGGUGUUUUUGGAAAAGAACAGACAGAGAAAGGAGACCAGCUCUGUGGACAGAAUAAAAUAAAUGAAGACAAACCAAAAGAAUCACCUCUUCCAAGCCCCAAGAAAAAAAGAUUAUGCACUGACCUUCAGGAUCAUUGUAGCCAAAGAGACAUUAAUAAUGCUACACCUUCACAGAAGGAUGCUGAAGAUUUGCUAAAGAAAUUGCUUGUAUGUCUAACUUGCAAAGAGCAGACCGAAAAUUGCCAUUGCUUUAGUACGGAUAGCAAUAACGGGCAAGAAAUUGACCCUCAUUUUAUGGAAAUAACACAGCCUGAAUCAUGUCUACAGCAGGAACAACUUUCUCCUUUGGAUACAAAACAGCAAAGCCCCAACUACAGAGACCAACAGUUAGUCAGUGAAGACCCUUCAACCCCUGAUGGGAAUAUUAAUCGAAUGGAAUCUCUGCAUACUCCAGUACUAAAUGAACAGAAAAUUGGUGCAAAAUUCCUGAGCUCACCUAUAUCAAGUAGCCAGAUUAAGCACUUGAAACCCGCAGCAGUUUCAAGUGAGCCAAUUGUGCUUUCCAGUGAUGAUGAAGAUACAGAUAAAGUAGACUCUAGUAUCCAUUGUACCACGUUAACUCCAGAGAUUAAGCACUUACAUCUGGGGAGUAGAUCACUGUCAACUGAGAGCAGUAAAAGAGAGACUAUGCCUGUGCCAGCAAAGCUGGAACCAGAGAAUAUGAAGGAUGCAUAUGAAGUAACUGAGAAGAAUAAGUUAAUCGAAAUGGACUGUUCUUUGGAAAAUAGUACAAUGACGAAAGCAACAUUGGAUCUAACAUUUGCUGCCCUACAUAUGGGAGAAAUUGAGGGAAAUGAACAAGGUUCUGUAAUGUUUGGUCGUGACAAUAUUGCAAUAUCGUUUUCAGAUUUGUCUGGUGUGAACCAUUCAUUAGAACUGAAUACCAUUCACUUAAAGAAAUAUAGUCUGUGGGAGAUUCUGUCUGAUACAGUCUGUGAGAAUCACUCGAUUAUUUUCCUGUGGUUUGCUGCAGAUUAUAUAGAUGAAAUUAACAAACAGUCACAAACCAAUCCUUCAAAACAUGAUUAUAAGUGCAACGAAUUUAUCUUCAUUCAACUUUUCAAACCUUUACAAACAACAGAAACAGCAGCAUUGAAGAAAAUCAUGACUGAUAUAAGUGAAAAGAAUGGAAUUACCGACUUAUGUGAUGUUAUGCCAUUGGAUGAAACUUGUCAGCUAGUGGCUAAAUUUAGUUUGAAGCAGAGCUCCUUCUUGAUGUCGUGCUGCAAAACCCUACAGCAGCAAAUGGAUAUUGCUACGUUGUCACAGGAGUCCCAUUUGUCUCAGGAAGAAAAUGCAAGUCCAGUGAGGCCAAAUAAUUACACCUUGUGUCACAUGUGGAGAAAGGACCAGUACGUGGUCACAAUUGCUUCAAAACAAGAAAAGGAGAAGCACACAUUUAAACAAAGUGGACCAAUUCAGAAAAUAAUAGUAUUCCCUCCUCCACCAACUAAAGGAGGACUUGCUGUUACAACUGAAGAUCUGGAAUGUCUGGAAGAGGGAGAAUUUCUCAAUGAUGUUAUCAUUGAUUUCUAUUUAAAGUACCUUCUGCUAGAGAAAGCACCCAAAGAACUUGCUGAACGUACUCACAUUUUCAGUAGCUUCUUUUAUCGACGCCUGACCCGGAAGGACAAUGCUGGAUCAGAGGAGGCAACUAACCUCUCAAUACAGCACAAGAGACAUCAACGUGUGAGAACAUGGACUCGACAUGUGGAUAUCUUUACAAAGGAUUUCAUAUUUGUGCCUGUUAAUGAAGAAUCACAUUGGUAUCUUGCUGUUAUUUGUUUUCCUGCGUUAGACAAAAUAGUUUAUGAAACUGAUUUAACCACUGAAACAAAGGCAAGCAAGUUACUUUCAAAUCCAUCUUCCACACUGUUAUCUAAUGAUGAGAGGAUGAGUAAAGAACAAGUGUCAUCAUCAGAUGAAUCUGAUGGGAAUACCUUUCAGCAUGCACCGUCACAGGAUUCAGCAGAUAAAAACUCCAGCAGUGUUCCUUGUGUAACUUCUUCAGCGUUGUCCAGCUCCAGAAUUCAGGGAUGUAUAAAGGCACCAAUCAACCUGCACCAACAAAAAAAAAGGAUACUCAAACAGCCCUGUAUUCUCAUUAUGGAUUCAUUAAGAGCAGCUUCACAAUUGCACACAGUGAAGAUUUUACGAGAGUAUUUGCAGAUUGAGUGGGAAGUGAAAAAAAGAGGACAACGCAGUUUCACAGCUGAAAACAUGAAGGGCUCAGUCCCUAGAGUUCCUAAGCAAGAUAACAGCAGUGACUGUGGUAUUUACUUACUGCAAUAUGUGGAGAGCUUUUUUCAGAAACCCAUCACAAAUUUUGAAUUGCCAUUGCAGCUGGAUAAAUGGUUCCUGCGAGAGGAAGUAAAGAAAAAACGGGAGGAGAUACAAGAUUUGAUUCUGCACUUACACAGUCAGCAGAGAACUGAUAGCUAAUGAAUCUGUACACGCAGGACAGAUAGUGUACCGGGUCAUUUCAAAGCUGCUGAUCAUCAAGUAUCCAGAUGUCUUGGAAAUGUGAAGAUUUUAAACGCAACUGUAAAUUUUUGAACCAGUUGACCAAUAAUGUGUAGCACAUUCAGUUUAAAAUAGUUCUGUUUAUAGUGGUGUACAGUUUAAUAAAUUAUACUGCUUUAUGACUU